GCACCUCUGUGAUUGACAGCUAGGCUGUCCAAUCACAGGAUCUUACACCCUUUUGCUACCGCAGUGGGCGGGACAUGCUGUCACAAGAAUGGAGGCGAUCGGCAGGCUAGCGUUUCAUUACACGCUUUUUGAUGCAAACUCUCACGGACAUUUAUCAGUUUUUAAUUUUUUCGCCUCAGAAGUGGCGGAUAGGGACUAACAAAACGUAUGCGGAUGUAUGAAAGACGAGCAAUGACCACACAAAGAAUCAUCCAACGAGAGUAGAUAAGAGCUUCUAACAGGUGGAAUCGUUUCCUCACUGAGAGACAUAAUUUGUCUGUUCACUGAGCACAGCCUGGACUCCGGCAUUGGGGCAGAGAUGGCCGAGCAGGGGCAGGAGGAGGCGGAGGACGUGUACGUGGAGCACCAGUAUAUGUGCAGCGAGUGCCACCAGCUCUUCAACACCCUUGAGGAUGUACUGAUCCACCAGCAGAUCCACACGGGCCCGGAGGCUGAGGGUGAGGCCCAGGAGGCUGUGGCCAUCCCGGGGAUGGGGCAGAGUCAGCAGUACCAGUGUCUGGAGUGCGGGAGCCUCCUCGUCAAUGCGGAGGAGCUGCUGCAGCAUCAGGAGAUGCACAUGAGGGAAGCUGGGAUGGAAGUGGAGCAACAAGAGCUGUGUCAGGUUGUGGAGGCUGGGGCGGCCAGCUCUGAGGCUCAGAUGUCUGGGCCCGUUCAGUACCAAUGCCUUGACUGUCUGGCUCUGUUUGACUCGCCCGAGACUUGGCUGGACCAUCGGCGGACCCACAGCCGGAGCAGCACUCACAGCAACACAGAGGCCACGGAGUAUGUGCUUCACCCGGACGGCUCCAUCACUCCCCUGAACAACAUGCAGAACUACGUGCUGAGUGAGCAGCAGGCCGGGGAGAUCUUGGCACAGGUGCUGGCACAGCAGCAGCAGCAGCAGCAGAAACACUUCUCGGUGUCUAAGGCCGCUGCCACCUCCCGGUCCUACCUGUUGCCCCCGGUGACGCCGGCUCCCGGCUCCGCCACCAUGCACCUGCAGAUCCUCACAGCUCAGGCUCUGGCCGACAGCUCCUCCGUCCCCAGCCAGCACCGCUCCAAGCUGGCCCCCAUGUUGCCGGCCGUCGGCCGCGGCUCUGCGGGACAGCUGGACAACGGCGUCCAGAGGCUGGAGUUGAGGCUGGCCCCCGGCGUGGACGGCAACCAGCAGCAGCAGCAGCCCACAGAGGUGCUGGUCAUCCAUCCCUACGAGUGCUCCGAGUGCUCCCUCCUGUUCCAGACCCCCGAGGACUUCCUCCAGCACCAGGGGGAGCACUUCCUGUGCCAGGACAAGGAGAGCGGAGAGCCGGGGGUCAUGAGCGGAAUGGAGGAGGCGCGAGGAAGGGAGGAGAUUCUAGUCAAGGUGGACGACAUGAGGGCCAGAGCGGUGGAGAGGAAGGCGGCGGCGUGGGCCAAGCCGCUGCAGUGCGAGCUCUGCAGCCGCGCCUUCACCUCCGUCAACCGGCUGGCCGCCCACAAGCGCGUGCACGAACAGGGCACGCACGAAUGCCCGGAGUGCGACAAAGUGUUCAAGAAGGCCACCUCGCUGCAGACGCACAUGCGCUCCCACUCGGGCGUGGCCCGCUACCUGUGUGUGGACUGUGGCAUCGGCUUCACCACGGAGAUGACUCUCAUCAUGCACAGGAAGUCGCACACCGCCGACCCUCUACACAAGUGCCAGUUCUGCAAUAAAACCUUCACCAACAUGACUAAGUACCUCUACCACCGCCGGAUCCACCUGAACCGUGAUGCGUGCAGCGCCGCCGCGCCCACCUUUGUGGCUGCACCUCCAAAAAGAACAUUUGCUGGUUCUCUAUCAAUCCUUCAGAGAGCGCGAGAAAGAAACUCGCACACUGCUGAUACAGAAAUGAACCUGCUGGCCCCUCUCUCUGAGGAGGAGAUGGAGGCACUCAGCGAUCCGAACCAAAAUUCCCCCCGCAAAGUGGAAGCAGACCAAGAUGAAAAGACGAAGGCUCCAUCGGUGUCCGCGCCAUCUGAGGAAAACACCGAUGGUCCCCAGCAGGUGUUGGUCUCAAAGCAUGAAGGUGAAGCAGAAGUCCCCCCUGACCCGGCCGGCUCCGCACAGGCUGCCUCACCCUCCACAUCAAGCAAAAGUCCUUUCUGCUGUCGCUCGUGCCCCAAAAGCUUUCCUUCCCAGCUGCAGCUCAUGCACCACCGGCGGAAGUCUCAUCUCAUUGAGCGCAGCUUCCUGUGUGGUGUCUGCGGGAAGUCCUUUAAGAAGCACAUCCACGUGCGAAACCACAUUCGCACGCACACGGGCGAGAGGCCUUUCCAGUGCUCCGACUGCGGCAAAACCUUCUCAUCGCUGGCCAACCUGAUGAGGCACACGCUCAUCCACUCCGGCGUGCGGCCAUACCGCUGCGACGUGUGCCAUCGCUCCUUCACCCAGUCGUCCAACCUCCGUCAGCACAGCCUGCUGCACUCCAGCUCCGCCACCCUGACCUGCCCCGACUGCCCGGCCACUUUUCGCCUGGCCGCCAAGCUGGCAGCGCACCGCUUCAGCCAACACCCGGGAGCCCCGGCCCCGUUCCCCUGCUCCCACUGUGAGGCCGGUUUCCUAACCAGGAAGCAGCGGGACAGCCACUGUGUGGAGCAGCACCCCACGCUGGUGCAGAGUAGCGCACACGGAGAGGCCACCGCCCAAUCAGAGGGAGGAGAGCGGGUCUCUGAAGCCUCCACCUCAGCGACACCAGGGGGGACAGAAUCGGGGGAUCCGGGCGGUUUGGUUAGAGAAGCACUCGACUGCAACGUUUGUGGAAAGAAGCUGAACUCUCCCUCCAAUUUACGACUUCACAGACUGAGCCACUACACCUUGGGCCUGGGCCGGCCUCGGUACACCCAGGUGAAGCGGCCUAAAGCUUACCAGUGUCCCAUUUGUGGCAAACUGUUCGUGUCGUCCUCUGGGGUGGCGCUCCACCAGCGCAUUCACACGGGCGAGCGGCCGUUCCCCUGCCAGGUGUGCGGGAAGCGCUUCCGCCAGAACGCGCACCUGCGCGAGCACCUGCGCACGCACUCCGGCGAGCGGCCCUUCCGCUGCGAGGUGUGCGGGAAGGGCUUCAUCCAGAGCAUGCACUUGGCCGAGCACCGCAGGACGCACACAGGCGAGCGGCCGCACGCCUGCCCGCUGUGUGGCAAAACCUUCAAGACCUUCUCCAACCUGAGGAACCACAAAAAGAUGCACUUGCGGCAGCAGAGGCUGGACAUGGAGGCCGCCGCCCAGGCCGCCAUGGAGACCGGCUCCACUGUGGCAGUGGUGGACGCCUCCGCUCUGGACCUGACUAACAGUCAGCCUCAGCUCAUCCAGAUCCAGACCUCAGAUCUACAGCAGGCACAGGGUACCCCCACCAUUAUGUGUAAUGAGUUUGGGGAGACCAUCGCCAUCAUUGAAACCAGCGAGGGGGGAGUGCUGCCCCUGGAGCAGGCGCUGGAGAUCUACCACACAGCUCUGGAGAACGGCCUCGCCGUGGACACGGUUUCUGUGGACCGGCUGCAGCUGCUCUGAGGAACAGAGCUAAUUAACGCAACACUAGUCUUAAUACUGAGUUAACAUUGAGCUGACGAUGAUUUACUGGAACCAGAUAUUUAUGAACUGAACAAUUCAUAUCGCAAACAGACCAAAGUAUGUGGGGUUCCCUCUUGACCCGAGGGGUCAGUAUUGAUAUAAUGUGAAGAGUACUUUGUCCUAAAAUUAAAGACAUGGUGUAAGAUAUAAAUGACUAUUGGUUGUGCCUCUUGAUAUUUCUAUGAUUAAUUUUAUUACUUUUAUGACCUGGAUGUGAUUUUUCUGUUUAAGAGUUUGGUCAUCUUGUUGUAAAUGAGUAAAAAUCAAUAAAUGGUUUUUC